AUGGCUGUCAGCACUCUGCCUCAAGUUGCUGCCCAAUCCAACUCUGAUGAACAAAGCCUUAUUGUAAUCAAGAAUUCAAUAACCUUCGAUCCCCAGAAUGUUUUUGACACUUGGAUCCCUAGCAUUCACUUCUGCAACUGGACAGGAGUUACUUGUGAUGCAGAAGCCCAUAGAGUAGAGUCCCUUAAUCUUGACAGCUUCGAAUUACAGGGGACCGUUUCCCCUUCAAUAGGAAAUCUUUCCUUUAUAAAAGUUCUCUAUCUCUAUAACAACAGCCUCAAUGGGGAGAUUCCACAUGAACUAGGGAGACUGCAGCGCCUGCAACAACUCUAUCUAUCAUUCAAUAAACUUCACGGCCCAAUUGCAUUGAAUCUCACUUCUUGCAAGGAUUUAGAAGAAUUGUCUCUAGCGUAUAAUCAAUUGACAGGAAGCAUUCCACCACAGAUACAUCGCCUCAAAAAGCUCCAAGUUCUUAUGUUGGGAUCCAACAACCUCACAGGUACCAUUUCUUCAUCUUUAGCAAAUCUUUCUUCACUAAAUAAAGCGCUUCUUGAAGAUAACAAUCUACAGGGCCUAAUUCCACCUGAACUACGACUGCUAAAUGGAUUGAAGUCGCUCUAUUUGUUUGACAAUCAUUUAACAGGCCCUGUCCCAUCUUCUCUGUCAAACAUAUCUUCCCUCGUUGAGUUAGAUCUUGGCAGAAAUAACUUGAAUGGCGAAAUCCCAUCUGAGUUGGGCAAUUUAGCUCUGUUGCAAACACUUUAUAUGUCGAGCAAUAAUUUCAAAGGCCCUAUACCAAGAUCGCUUGCGAAUUGUUCCCAAAUGCUUAAGCUUGAUUUAGAGUUUAAUAACCUGACAGGGGUUGUGCCAUUGGAAUUCAGCAAGUUGUCCCGCCUUAAAUUUCUGGGAAUUAUACCCUCACAAAUUGGUAACCUAACCAAUUUGAUUCAGAUUGAUUUUUCUUCUAAUCUGUAUACGGGCCAGAUCCCGUCCUCGUUGAGCAAUCUUAGGAAAUUGCAGAGAUUACGGAUAGAUAACAAGAAGCUAGAAGGAAACAUACCUAGUAUAAUUGGUGAAAUAACAGAGCUUGGGGAACUAUCAGCCAGCCAUAACAAGCUUUCUGAAGGAAUCCCUGACACCAUCGCUCGACUUCAACAACUCAGACGCCUUAUGCUUCAUCACAACGACCUGUCAGGGACCAUACCGGCUAGUUUGGGUAAAUGCUAUAAAUUGGAGCUUGUGGACCUUUCCAACAAUCAAUUCACUGGACAAAUACCCCGUGAAGUGGCCUCACUUUCCAAUUUACAGUUUUAUUUCAACUUGUCUGGGAAUUCAUUAGAAGGACAAUUGCCUCUGGAGAUUGGAAAUAUGAUAAGUGUCCAAGCUAUAGAUGCCUCUUCCAAUAGGUUGAGUGGCCAAAUUCCAGCCACACUGGGAAGCUGUUCAAACCUCCAGCAUCUUAAUCUUUCCUCAAUUAAACUACAAGGCCGAAUUCCAAACUCUCUUGGUAACAUAAAAAACCUAGUUGAUAUGGAUCUUUCCUAUAACAACCUGUCAGGUCCAAUACCUGCUUCUUUGAGAAAUCUGACCGUGUUUGAGUACAUGAACGUGUCUUUCAAUAACUUGAGUGGAGAAAUCCCUAAAGAAGGUGUCUUCAGAAACUUGACAGCUGCAUCAUUUAUGGGGAAUUCGUUUCUUUGCGGAGAGUGGAUUCGUCUUCCCUCCUGUUCAAUUAUGCUUCCUUCAGGUAAAAAAAACAGAAGUAAAGUUCGAACAAUUGCAAUAGCAGCGGGAGCAAUCGUAUUGUGCUUUUUGCUUAUUGGGGGAUUAGUUUACAGGAGAUGUGUUGCUUAUUGGGGGAUUAGUUUACAGGAGAUGUCACUUGCAUAUUCAGGGGAAGACUCAAGGGAAAAUUUAUUAGGGACUGGUGGCUUUAGCUCUGUAUAUAGAGGUACUUUAAAUGCUGGCACAGCUGCUGCUUUCAAGAUCCUGAACUUGCAAAAUGAAAAGGCCUGGAAGAGUUUUAUUGCAGAGAGCAAAGUUCUUGGAAACUGUAUCCACAGAAAUCUAGUUAAUGUUAUAACCUUUUGUUCAGAACCUGAGAUAAAGGUAUUAGUUCUCCAAUUCAUGCCUAGAGGAAAUUUGGAUAAUCUGUUGGUUUCAGAUGGUGGUUCAUUGGACCUAGGGAAAAUACUGAACCUAGCAUUGGAUGUGGUCCAUGAAUUGGAAUAUCUGCAUCAUGAUUGUUCAGUGCAAGUUGUACACACUGAUAUAAAGCCUAGCAAUAUUCUCCUGGAUGAGGAUAUGACAGCCCAUGUAGCCGAUUUUGGGAUUGUUCAAUUGAUUUGUGAGCCCGACUCCUUAGAGUCAAUAACUUCAGCUCUCUCUCUCAAAGGAUCCAUUGGCUACAUUCCACCAGUUACUGAUAAAAUAGCACAAUAA